ACUUGGUUCUUUUUCCUCUAUCAGUCUUUCCUUUCUUUUAAUGUUUUCACCUAAACUUUUCUAGAGUUUACCAAAACAAGGCAGCAAUAAGGUUCUUGUAUUAUAGUAUGUUUUUUUUGCUUUUAUCAACGUUAUCCGUGAUUGGCUUUCCCUCAAUAGGAGUGUGGGCCAAUAACUCCCGAGGGGCGCUUGAUAGAGAUGGACAGAGAGAAUAAAAGAGAUGUAUGGUGAGAGAAAAUGUUGGGUUUUUUCUUCCCAAUCAGUUUUUUUGGUUCUGUGGAGCUGUUGUGAUAACAGGUUCGGUUUCUUCAACGAUCUUUGAGACCUGUAUUUCAGAACAAGCUGUUUUCAGGGAUUCUUUGCUAUAUCUGGAGAUGGUGAGAGGAAAGAUAGAGAUGAAGAGAAUAGAGAACGGGACGAGCAGGCAAGUGACCUUCUCGAAGCGUAGAAAUGGGCUGUUGAAGAAAGCCUACGAGCUCUCAGUUCUUUGCGAUGCCCAAGUGGCUCUCAUCAUCUUCUCCCCCACUGGAAGGCUCCAUGAGUUCUCCAGCUCCAACAUGCACAAGAUAAUAGAGCGAUACUGCGAACAUGCAAAAGAGGUGCAAACAAAGAAUCCCGAAGUAGAACACUACAUUCAGCAACUCAAGCAAGAAGCUGCAAACAUGGCAAAAAAGAUGGAGAUUCUUGAAGCUUCUCAACGGAAAUUUUUGGGACAUAGCGUGGCGUCUUGUUCGGUUGAGGAACUCCGAGAGCUUGACAACCAGCUAGAGCGAAGCUUACGAAACGUUAGGGCGAGGAAGGAGUAUUUAUUCAGGGAACAAAUAGAGCAAUUGAAAGAAAAGGAGAGACUCUUGUUGGAAGAAAAUACAAGGCUGUUGGGGAAGUGUGGAGAAAAUGAAAAGAAAGAAGUUGCGACGUGCAGCCAAAGUAGUCAGAGUUCGGAGCUUGUGGAAACCGAAUUGUCAUUGGCCAGCCUCCUCAAAUGAUCAGUGGUUCAACAUGUUGUUAUUACAUGCACAUAUAAUAAUCAUGCUUGAUGAUAUUAAUGUUGUGGAAACUUCGAAAUAUACCUGGUUUUGUGGUUCAAUUAUUGUUUUCGAUAUCAACUAUUGCAUUUUAUUAACCAGGUAUAUAUUUAUUGGUAAAUCAAUUGCGUACCAGGACAUCAGUUGAUUCUCGUUUUAAUUGUCUAUGGUGGGAUAAAUGAGAUGACAUAAAUUGUUAA